AUGGAUGGCUGUUUUUGUGGGAUUAACAGUUGGACCGGUGGGAAGCGUUUCUCUUAUAAUAAAUAUUUGUUGGGAUUAGAAGUUGCAAGAUCAAAGAAUGGCAUUCAUGUUUACCAAAGAAAAUAUGCCUUAGAGAUCAUUGGACAUGUUGGUUUGCUUGGGAGGAAAGCUAUGACCACUCCAGUGGAACGAAAUCUCAAAUUGUCACAUUCCUCUGGUGAGUACCUCUCGGAUGUAACUGGAUAUCGAAGAUUAAUAGGUAAGUUGAUCUACUUAAGUACCAUAAGGCCUAACAUCACUUACUCUGUUCGAAUUCUUAGCCAAUUCAUGGAUAAACCCACUCACACUCACCUCCACACAGCUCAUAGGAUAUUGAGGUAUCUUAAAGGCUUGCUGGGACAAGGAAUCUUCUUCUCAUCAAAGUUCUCUUUACAUCUUAAGGGAUACAGUGACUCGAACUGGGCUGCAUGCCCUAAAACCAGGAGAUCUAUAACUGGUUUUUGCAUAUUUAUGGGUGACUCUUUGAUUAGUUGGAAGUCAAAGAAACAAGCGGUGGUGUCAAGAUCAUCUGCUGAAGCAGAAUAUAGGGCAUUGGCACACACCAAUUGUGAGAUCAUUUGGUUAAGAGCUCUCUUAGAAGACUUCAACAUUAAACACUCACAACUUGCUUUGUUGUAUUGUGAUAGCCAAGCCGCAAUACACUUGACCAAAACUCUCAUAUUCCAUGAGAUGACUAAACAUGUGAAAUUGGACUAUCAUUUUGUUAGGGAAAAGGUGCUAGUAGGUGUGAUCAAACUAGUACAUGUGCCCUUGAAGUUUCAAGUAGCAGACAUACUCACCAAUGCUUUAAUAGCACCUUCUUUCCACUUGUUAUUGUCCAAGACGGGCAUACUUGACAUAUAUGCCCAUCUUGAGGGGGAGUCUCAAGAAUUAUGCACAAAAACCUUAAGGAAAUACAUGAAUUCCUCCACUGAAGAGGUCACAGCACCACUAAGAAAAGACAAAAGACAGUCUGCAAUAGAGGCCACUAUCCAUACUAUUGCUAUGCCUUAG